AUGAAAUGUGUUAAUGGGGUGAAGGAAUCGAAAGGAUAUCUAGACAUGCUUCUCAAGGAAGGUGAGAUUCUGAGUGAUAAUCAGCUCUGGGCUUUCUUUAACCUCGCCAAACAUCCUCACGCUCAGGAACGACUGUACAAAGAGCUAGAACAAGUAUGUGGAAAGAAAGCAGUAGAAGAAAAGGAUUUGGGGAAAUUGGCAUAUCUGAAGGGAAUAUUUUAUGAGACAGUACGCAGACAUUCUCCUUUGCCUCUAGUGCCACUGCGUAUCGUCCAUGAAGACGUGGAGAUUGACGGCUACCAUGUUCCAGCUGGAUGGGAGAUAUUAAUUAAUAUAUGGGAAGCAAAUAAUUAUGAGGGAGAAUGGAAAAAUCUAGAAGAAUGGAAACUGGAGAGACAACUAGAGUUUUCAGUAGAAGAGGAUAUUUAUAGAACCAUGGUAUUUGGAGAAGGGAAUAGAUUAUGCGUAGGAUGGGCACAAUUGGUGAAAAUAGCCUCCUUGGUUAUUGGAAGGAUUGUUCAAAACUUUGAAUUGAAAAUGCCAACAGGACACAAGGAAGACUAUGACGCAAUAAUAAACACGGGAUCUCACAAGCUACGUCCUCUCUUUUCAAUUCUCACACCAAGAAAUGUCUAA